AUGGAGCUCACUCGAAAGAAAUAUGAAGUAAUCAGUGCUGCAAUGUAUCAUAUAGUAGCUUUUUGUGUGUUAAUAUGUGCGAGCCUCAUUUUGAUUAUUAUCCAAACAGUAUUUUCAUAUUGUGUUUCUGCAGAAUCAGAUCUCGCUUGGCCUUCAGUUCUAAUCCCGUUCGCUUACAUUGCUGCGUUUUUAUUAAUUUUAACUGCUGGUGCAACCUUGACUGCUGGAUUAGCAGACUCAGAUGAAUGGGACACAGCCAGUGUUGUUAGUUGCAUCUUUCCACUAAUAGUAACAACUGCAAUCGCAUGCACAACUAUACAACAGUACGUGGAUGGAUCUCUACCUAAAUCAAGCAUGUUAAUUAUGGGUAUUAUUAACAGUAUAAUAGCUUUUUUAUGUUUUAUCCACGGUACUUUAUUAUGUGCUGAUUUUCGCUUAUGUAUAAAUGUAAAAGUUCAUGACUCGCUCCCAACAAUAGAAAUCCCCAUACCUAAAGUAACCUUAGAAGAUGGGUCUGUUUUAUUGGAUGAUGCUAAUUGUAUGAAUUCGAAUGAUGUCUGAUACAUCUUUUAAAUCGACAACCAACAAAUUACGUAGUAUACUAGUCUAACUUUUAUUCAUAUCCAUCUUAUAAAGUACUAAUCAGAUGUCAGUAUAUAAAAGUACUUAUUAGUAAAAAUUAUUUUUUCAAAGUAGUAGUAAUUGUUUGAUUUCUUUAAACUGAUAUGAUUUGGUCCGUAUACUCUACGUAUGAAAUGAUCUUGGCUUUAAUAAUUUGAUCAAAUCACUCUUGGCGAAAAAUAUACAUUACUUUUGCGAUUAUAUCUCCAUACAUCGUCCUCUUGGUGCAUUUAUAAGCUGCUAAUAGAUGGAUUGACAAAAAUAUCAUUUAUGUACUGUUUCAAACAAGUCUAGAAGAUCUGAAAUGAAAUAAGAAUUCUUCUCUUAUAUUAAGUUACAAAACAUCAUAUAUUGGAUUUUCAACUCUGCAAUAUUACUAAUAUUUCAUUAUUCCAAUAAUUAUGUUUAACUGAAAGAAUACAUGGUAAAACUAAUACUUUUUGAACGGUUGUUAUCAACAAUCAACGGUGUUUUGGUUGAACAACUGAUGGAAUGCUCAAAAUGACUAUCGUCUAAUCUACUCAAUUUUAAUAAACAGAGCAAAGGAGACUGGAAAACACUGUGAAUAUGUGAUAUUAGAUGUAAAGUUGGAAAGGAAGUCGAUACAAAUCUUUUUUGUGAUUUUUAAAUAUAUACUACAUGUAGGAUCACUUUGGUGUGAUUCCCAACCGUUCUUUAACUAACUAUAGAAACGAUCCUACAACCAAUUUCGAUUAUGGUUAAUUCUGCUUAAGCCCUUUUAUUAACUUACUUAACAGACAAUGUUAUUUGAAUAGUAACAAUUCACUAGAGUACAUGUCACACUCUAGCUAAAGUGUCGAUUGCUUAAAUAUCACUCGAUGAUUCAUCCUCCACCCCAUGUAUGUAUGCACUCAAAUCCUAUUAUUAGCCUUUGCUUCGACGUGCUGCACCCUUAUGCAAUUUCAUUAUAAACUUGCCUAUGUAAUUGCUCGCCUGUCCGCUUCAAAUUCGUUUGAUGUGCUUAUACCCUUGUGACCUGCACUAUCACCUAAUAAACUGUAGUUGCCGCUUCUCAUUGCCUUCUGAUUUAAAGCACCGUUGAGAUUUAUAUAAUAACGGUUAUCGAGGUGAUCGAUUAGCGAAGCAAAGCCACUACAUAUCUAUAAGUUGAUUGAACAAGAAGUACACGCCUUUCAGUUGUUCGAAAACAUUCUUAAGUCUAUUAACAAAAAAACAAAUGAUAAAUGAACUAAGCAUGAAAACAAAUAGAAUCUUAGUUGGCAGUUUUCUUGUGAUUUUAUAUUUAUUCAGUAAUGACUUAUUUCUAACAGUUCAUACAGUUUUUCCCAUUGAGGAAUUUGACUAAAGCAAGAACAACAAGUGUGGUAGAAUAAGAUAAAUUUAUUUAUUACACAGAUUAUCGUUAGCUACUUACAACCUGGACACAAUAGCAAUAAUCAUUUAUAACCAAUGUACAUAAUUCAUAUCAUAUUAAUGAAGAUUGGUAGGAUGAAAAUAACAGAUAUGACAGAAAUCAAUCAAUAUUUAUAUCACAAGUUGAAAUCAUGAGCCAAUUGAAGCUAGACCACCAUGGAAAACCUGGAAGCA